GACACGCCGACCUCGGCCGUAGGAAAUGUACGGAUUAUUCAUACUGAGCUUACCGCUGGCAGCGACAACCUUCAAUUGACGCAGACUGGGCUCACGGCAGCCCUCAUCGUGCUCUGACCUCUCCCUGACGGCAUUGUCAAGAACCCCGGAAGUACCUUCCACACACUACAGAGUGAAAGGAAGCCGAGAGCACGGCAAGUCCGGAACCGGGAAUACAAAGCGCUGUCGCAAAAGGGGCCACAAUGUCCACAACGCUGGGGUCGUUCAUUGCCGGUGGAAUCGCAGCAUGCGGUGCGGUGACGGUUACCCACGGGUUCGAGACAGUCAAGAUUCGAUUGCAAUUACAAGGAGAGCUGCAAUCAAAGAAGGCAGCACCGCGCAUGUACAAGGGUGUAUUCCAUGGCGUUAAGGUCAUUCUCUCCAACGAAGGCCCUCGCGGUCUCCUGCGCGGUAUCAACUGCGCCUACGUCUAUCAGAUGACCCUCAACGGAUGUCGGUUAGGGUUCUACGAGCCGCUGAGAGCAGGCGUCACGAAGGCCAUAUACCACGAUCCUACAGUGCAAUCCUUUGGCGUCAACAUCUUCUCCGGUGCGGCAUCAGGUAUACUGGGAGCCGCAGCUGGAUCGCCUUUCUUCCUCGUCAAGACACGCUUACAAUCGUACUCGCCAUUCCUACCCGUGGGAACACAACACAACUACUCCGGCGCCGUCGAUGGCAUGCGCAAGAUCUACACAAGUGAAGGUAUCAAGGGACUCUACCGUGGUGUAGGGCCAGCGAUGGUGCGCACCGGUUUUGGUAGCUCCGUUCAGCUACCAACAUACUUUUUCGCGAAGAGGCGGCUGGCGAAGCACUUUGGUAUGGAGGAAGGCACGCUUCUGCACAUUGCCAGCAGCACAGCUAGUGGAUUUGUCGUCUGCUGCGUCAUGCACCCUCCGGACACUAUCAUGUCGCGCAUGUACAACCAGACUGGCAAUCUGUACAGCUCGGCUUUCGACUGCCUGUACCGAACGAUCAAGACGGAAGGCAUUAUGGCUAUGUACAAGGGCUACUUUGCGCAUCUGGCCAGGAUCUUGCCUCACACUAUUCUUACUCUUACCCUCGCCGAACAGACGAACAAGUACAUGCGCAGGGUCGAGGACCGCUUCGGUUUCACAGGGACCAAAGCGGCCAUGUAAACAACAUAGAGACUAUAUACUGUACAACAUAUCCACGUCCAUUGAAUUGCAUAGCGCGCUGGAUCUGGCGGAGCAUGCACAAGAUCUAGGGCCAUUGGGGUCCGGGCAGGCUUUGGAAGCGCGCACGGCUUUGCGGCGCUCACAUCUAGAGUGUUGGUAUCUGAAAAUAAUGAGAGAUUUGUGAC